AGAAGCCAUAAAAGUAACACUUCAUGGCAUGCCACAUCCAGUCCACAUACAAUAUGCUGUUGCUGCUGCUGCUGUCCAUGUCGCUCCUUGUGGCUCGCGCCGUGCAGCAGGAGGAGCUGCUUUAUCCACCCCAAUACACCGGCCAGCGCAUUGUGGGCGGCGAGGAUGCACCCGAGGGUAUGGCGCCCUAUCAAAUAUCGUUGCAGGGCGCCAACAGUGGCCAACAUUCCUGUGGCGGCGCCAUCAUUGAUGAGCACUGGAUACUGACCGCGGCGCACUGCAUACACGGCAAGGCGCCCAAUGCAUUCCGUGUGCUCACCGGCACACAGGAUCUGCAGCAGAAUGUGUCCAAAUACUAUUAUCCGGACAGAAUCAUCGAGCACUGUGCCUAUGAGCCGCGCAAAUACCGGAAUGAUAUUGCGCUCCUGCAUCUGAACGAAUCGAUUGCCUUCGACAAUGCCACCCAACCCGUGGAGCUGAGCCAUGAGCCGCUGGUGCCGGGUGACUGGCUGCUGCUAACCGGCUGGGGCACGUUGUCACUGGGCGGCGAGGUGCCCGCCAAGCUGCAACGUCUGGAGGUCGAAUAUGUGCCCUUCGAGCAGUGCCGCGAGGCACACGGCAAUAGCAGCCACGUGGAUAUUGGCCAUGUCUGUACCUAUAAUGACAAGGGGCGGGGCGCAUGCCACGGCGACUCCGGCGGCCCCCUGGUGCACAAUGGCAAACUAGUGGCGCUGGUCAAUUGGGGCAUGCCAUGUGCCAAAGGCAAGCCCGAUGCCAGUGCCAGCAUUGCCUACUAUCAUGACUUUAUACGCACCCAUCUCAGUCUGCACGAGUCCGAGGCAGCUGCUGCAGGGGAGGAGCAGCCAGUUUGGAGAAGUAAAUCCCAUUGCAAUUGAUCAAGGAAUACGGGCUCAAGUUAUUGACAAUCACUUAAUAUGAGGCUAACUAACAGAAUCUCAGUUAAACAACAUUUUAAAGUCCUAUUAAAGUCCAAUUAAAAACUUGAAAUCAGAAA